AUGCCCCGAAAAGUACACACCAAAUCUCGGUACGGAUGCGAUCACUGUCGACGCCGACGCGUCAAAUGUGACGAGCAAGGACCGCCCUGCACGAAUUGCAUUGUACGCCAACUGGAUGGAUGCACGUAUUCCCGCGUUCUACCGGCAUAUCUGCUCAAAACACGUCGAGCAAGCCAAGAUUCUGCCAAAACGAGUCCCGCCAGUCCUGAGCCAUUUGGUGGAAGUAAUGGCGUUGGUGUUGCACCGCGAUCACCGCUGCCGUCGUCCGGUGUGGAUGAACUGGAGUUAAUGCAUCAGUUCGCGACGGAGACGUAUUCGAGUCUUUGUGUGAGCGAAUCGGAGAAAGUGACGUGGCAAAAACUUGUUCCUCGGCUGGCGUUGAAGCAUCGAUAUCUUAUGCAUGGUAUUUUGUCAUUGGCUUCGCUGCAUAUCGCCACGACGCUGGAUCCGUCUCAAGCUCGGGUUUAUGUUGAUACGGGUCUUGAGUAUCAUAGCAGGAGUCUCCAACCGUUUCGUGUUGCUAUCGAUAAUUUGACACCGGAGAACUGUGAUGCUGUCUUUGCUGAAUCGGUCGUUACCACGACGAUCAAUCUGUCAUUACCACAGUUUACGGCUGGCCAUGGGAAUGAAGGGAGAAUGACCGAGAACAUGAUGACGGCAUUCGAGCUUCUUCAGGGUGUUAAGAAAAUAUUGACGAUUGGUCAAUCUUGGAUCCGUUUGGAGCUGUUCUCAAAGGGCGAUUUUUGGAAAGACACGUCUGCCGAAUUGGACGAGGAUACUGAUUCCGCAUUGAAUCAGUUAUUAUUCUUGAAUGACCAGCUCAAGUCGAGCGGCAACGAAAUGCAACACGGCAUUCAUAGAGAUGUUAUUAAUCAUCUCAAACAUUGCUUCAUGAAGUUCUCGUGUUCUUCGGAUCCCGCUCCUGUUAUUGCAUGGCUCGGUGCUGUGGAUAAUGGUUUUGUACAUGGUAUUCGGACGAGAUCGCCGUUGUCGCUUCUGGUACUUGCAUAUUGGGGUGUUCUUCUUGCUCAGCUGGAUGGCGAGCGAUGGUGGGCUCGCAAUGCGGGCAAGGCUUUGGUAACUGAGAUAUUGGUGUCGUUAAACACUGAAGAUCUGUUGUGGGAGGGUUGUCUGGCAUGGGUUCGGCGAAAAGUCGGGUUGCAAGAUGCCCAGGGGAAUGGUGUUCACAGUUUGGAAAAAUUAAGCUAUAGCUGA